UAUAUCGACUACAGACAGUUGAACAAGGCUACUGUCAAGAACAGAUAUCCUCUUCCUCGCAUCGAUGAUUUGUUUGACCAGUUGCAGGGUGCGAAGUGUUUUUCCAAGAUUGAUUUGAGGUCUGGGUAUCAUCAACUUCGGAUCCGUGAUGUAGAUGUGCCUAAGACUGCUUUUUGGACGCGGUAUGGACAUUUUGAGUUUCUGGUUAUGUCCAUUGGUCUGACGAACGCACCAGCAGCGUUUAUGGAUAUGAUGAACAGAGUGUUCAAGCCGUUUUUAGAUCAAUUUGUUAUCGUCUUCAUUGAUGACAUUUUGAUCUAUUCUAGGAGUGAGGAGGAGCAUGCUUACCAUUUGAGGACUAUACUACAGACGUUGCGUGAGCAUCAGUUGUAUGCUAAGUUCUCAAAAUGUGAGUUCGUGAUUGCCUAUGCUUACAGACAGUUGGAGAAGCAUGAGGUGAAUUACCCUACUCAUGAUUUAGAGUUGGCAGCGGUGGUUUUUGCGUUGAAAAUCUGGAGACAUUAUUUCCUUGACAAGGCAAGGGGGCACUUUCGGCAGCCCACGAAUCGUACGAGACCAGGCCUUAAAUGGCUGUUCUCGUUAUUGUUAUAUAUCUCGGCAGCCCACGAAUCGUUAGGAUGCAUGUUGGCACAGGAAGAUCAAGGAGUCGAAAGAUCGGUUUAUUAUCUGAGUAAAAGCCUAACUGACACAGAAAUUCGAUAUUCUACUAUCGAGAAGCUAUGUCUGUGUCUUUAUUUUACAUGCUGUAAAUUAAGAUAUUACAUGCUUCCGGUAGUGGUAUAUGUUUUAUCUCAAACGGAUGUGAUCAAAUACAUUCUGUCUCGACCUUAUCUGAGAAAUCGGCUUGGAAAAUGGGCUAUUGCAAUGUCAGAAUUCACUUUAGUAUAUGUUCCACAAAAAGCCGUUAAGGGACAAGCACUAGCAGAUUUUUUAGCCGAUCAUCCCAACAUCCCGAUCAAGGAAGUAGCUUGCUUCGAGCUAAUUCCGUGGAAGCUUUGGUUCGACGGAUCUAAAACUAAUAAAGGGGCAGGUGCAGGGAUAUUAAUUAUCUCGCCGCAAGGCUUGGUUUUUCGAAUGUCUUUUUCAUUAACAUUCCAAUGCACCAAUAAUCAAGCGGAGUACGAAGCGCUGAUCAUUGGAUUGGAAGUCCUGGCCGAGCUAGGAGCUAAAGCAAUUCAAGUAAAAGGAGACUCCUUGUUAAUUAUUAAGCAAGUUAUUGGCGAAUUCAAAUGCGAAUCAGACGUCUUGAUUAAGUACUGCAACAAAGCCAAACACCUCAUGGAUGGUUUCUCCGAAACAUGGAUAGAGUUCGCGGAAAGAGCAGAAAAUGAAGAGGCGAACGACUUAGCCCAGCAUGGAAGUGGAUACAAAAUCAUGGCAGGUUUUGAGGUUAUUGAGAGAACAACGCCUUGUCUUCAUACUGGGGGCAUAAUACCAGAUGACUGCAGAUCGGCAUAUCACUUGGACACGACAGCCGAUUGGAGGAAAGAAUUGAUCGACUGGUUUACACAUCCAGACCCGGCGAAUCGGCGAAUCAAAAUGUUGGCUACCAACUAUGUGAUUUUAGCCGACGAAUUAUACAAACGAUGUCGUGAAGGUCUAUUGUUCAGAUGUAUAGGACCAAAAGAAGCUAUGUUGGUCAUGGCUGAAGUUCAUGAAGGAAUCUCGGGGGCACAUCAAGCUGGGCCAAGAAUGAGGUGGUUAAUACACAAAUACGGCUUUUAUUGGCCGAAAAUGGAACAAGAUUGUAUCCGAUACGCCAGAGGAUGUGAAGCUUGUCAGAAAUUUGGACCGGUUCAACACGUUCCAGCAGACGUAUUACACUCAAUCAUCAAGCCAUGGUCAUUUAGAGGAUGGGCAGUAGAUUUGAUCGGCAAGAUUUACCCACCAUCGGCGAAAGGACAUACUUUCGUGAUCGUCGCGACAGAUUAUUUCACGAAAUGGGUAGAAGUCAAGCCAUUGAAAUCGCCAACACAAGACGAGGUAAUCAAAUUUUUCAAGGAAAAUUUAAUUCAUCGACAUGGCCUCCCAGAAACUAUUACGACCGAUCAAGGAACUAUGUUUACUGGAUCGGACACCGUAGCUUUCUCGAAAGAGUACGGUUUUAAAAUGAUACACUCUACACCGUAUUAUGCCCAAGCGAAUGGAAAAGCAGAAGCUACAAACAAAUCUAUAAAGAACUGUCUGUCCAAAAUGAUCGAAGAAAAUCCAAGCCAAUGGCAUAGGAUUUUGUCCGAAGUCGUUUGGGGGAACAGAAUAUCCCAGAAAUCAGCCACCGGCACAUCUCCAUUCCGUUUGGUGUAUGGAUAUGACGCAAUGUUGCCUAUGGAGCUUGCUGUACAUUCUGUACGAUGA